CUGGAAUGAAUAUACCACCACCAAUUAUCAGCAACAAAAACUGGCUCAGACUGCAUUUUGUUACAGACAGCAAUCACCGAUAUCGUGGAUUUAGUGCUCCAUAUCAAGUAAAUGAGGGUGGUAUUAAAACAGCUCCCAAUUUAUGCCCAGAUCCAGGAGAACCAGAAAAUGGGAAGAGAGUUGGAUCAGAUUUUAGCCUUGGCUCAACUGUGCAGUUCUCUUGUGAUGAAGAUUAUGUCCUACAGGGUGCUAAGAGCAUCACCUGUCAACGGAUAGCUGAAGUAUUUGCUGCUUGGAGUGAUCACAGGCCUGUAUGUAAAGUGAAGACCUGUGGCUCUAAUCUUCAAGGACCGAGUGGAACCUUUACGUCUCCCAACUUUCCAUUCCAGUAUGACAGCAACGCACAGUGCGUCUGGGUCGUCACAGCAGUGAAUACAAAUAAGGUAAUACAGAUAAAUUUUGAAGAAUUCGAUCUGGAGAUUGGCUAUGACACCUUGACAAUUGGCGAUGGGGGAGAAGUUGGAGAUCCUAGGACGGUGCUCCAAGUGCUUACUGGAAGCUUUGUGCCAGACUUGAUAGUGAGUAUGAGCAGCCAAAUGUGGCUGCACCUUCAAACAGAUGAAAGUGUCGGAUCUGUUGGCUUCAAGGUUAACUACAAAGAAAUUGAAAAAGAAAGUUGUGGCGAUCCUGGUACACCCUUAUAUGGAAUUAGAGAAGGCGAUGGAUUUUCUAAUCGUGAUGUUUUAAGGUUUGAAUGCCAGUUUGGGUUUGAAUUAAUUGGAGAGAAAUCCAUUGUUUGUCAAGAGAAUAACCAAUGGUCUGCAAACAUACCCAUCUGUAUCUUUCCUUGCCUCUCUAACUUUACUGCACCAAUGGGAACAGUCCUUUCUCCUGAUUACCCAGAAGGGUAUGGAAAUAAUUUAAACUGCAUCUGGACAAUAAUCUCUGAUCCAGGGAGUCGGAUACACCUUUCUUUUAAUGACUUUGAUCUGGAAUCCCAGUUUGACUUCCUUGCUGUUAAAGAUGGUGACUCUCCAGACUCCCCGGUUCUUGGAACCUUUACUGGGGCUGAGGUGCCUUCACAUCUUACUAGUAAUAGUCACAUACUGCGAUUGGAAUUUCAAGCUGACCACUCAAUGUCAGGACGUGGUUUUAACAUCACUUACAACACAUUUGGGCAUAAUGAGUGUCCUGAUCCUGGAAUACCAAUCAAUGCACGACGGUUUGGGGACAACUUUCAAUUAGGAAGUUCAAUUUCAGUUAUUUGUGAAGAAGGAUUUAUUAAAACUCAGGGAACAGAAACAAUUACAUGUAUUCUUAUGGAUGGAAAAGUAAUGUGGAGUGGACCAAUUCCAAGAUGUGGAGCUCCAUGUGGUGGCCAUUUUUCAGCACCCAGUGGAUUGAUUCUCUCACCAGGAUGGCCAGGGUACUAUAAAGACUCUUUGAAUUGUGAGUGGGUGAUUGAAGCUGAACCUGGCCACUCUAUCAAAAUUACAUUUGAAAGAUUUCAGACUGAACUGAAUUAUGAUGUUCUGGAAGUUCAUGAUGGGCCCAAUCUUCUAUCACCCUUGCUUGGAUCUUAUAAUGGCACGCAAGUGCCCCAGUUUCUAUUUAGUACCAGUAAUUUUAUAUACCUUCUAUUUACAACAGACAACAGCCGUUCUAACAAUGGUUUCAAGAUUCAUUAUGAAAGUGUCACGGUGAACACCUAUUCAUGCUUGGACCCUGGCAUACCUGUGCACGGCCGCCGCUAUGGCCAUGAUUUCUCCAUCGGAUCCACUGUUUCGUUUAGUUGUGACCCAGGAUACAGGCUGAACCAUGAAGAGCCCCUUCUAUGUGAAAAAAACCACUGGUGGAGUCAUCCACUCCCAACUUGUGAUGCAUUAUGCGGAGGAGAUGUUAGAGGGCCUAGUGGAACAAUCUUAUCACCUGGUUACCCAGAAUUCUAUCCAAAUUCUCUAAAUUGUACAUGGACUGUUGAUGUAACCCAUGGAAAAGGUGUGCAGUUCAACUUUCACACCUUUCAUUUGGAAGAUCAUCAUGACUAUUUACUGAUCACAGAGAAUGGUAGUUUCACCCAACCCCUGGCACGCCUGACUGGUUCAGAACUUCCUUCCACAAUCAAUGCUGGUCUCUACGGAAAUUUCAGGGCUCAAUUGCGCUUUAUUUCAGAUUUUUCAAUAUCAUAUGAAGGAUUCAAUAUUACAUUCUCUGAAUAUAAUCUUGAACCUUGUGAAGAUCCUGGAAUUCCUCAAUAUGGUAACCGAAUUGGGUUCAGCUUUGGGGUCGGUGACACUCUGACCUUCUCAUGCUCAUCAGGUUAUCGGUUAGAAGGGACAUCAGAGAUCAUCUGUCUUGGUGGCGGCCGACGAGUGUGGAGUGCGCCUCUGCCAAGGUGUGUGGCUGAAUGUGGUGCAUCUGCAACAAAUAGUGAAGGAAUUUUGCUUUCUCCAAAUUACCCGCUCAACUAUGAAAACAACCAUGAAUGCAUUUAUAGUAUUCAGGUUCAAGCAGGAAAGGGAAUCAAUAUUUCAGCCAGAACAUUUCAUUUAGCACAAGGAGAUGUUCUUAAGAUUUAUGAUGGAAAAGAUAAAACAACUCACCUACUAGGUGCUUUUACUGGUGCAUCGAUGCGAGGACUGACGCUUAGUAGUACUUCAAAUCAGCUCUGGCUAGAAUUUAAUUCAGAUUCUGAAGGGACAGAUGAAGGCUUUCAACUUGUCUAUACCAGUUUUGAACUUUCACAUUGUGAGGAUCCUGGCAUUCCACAGUUUGGAUACAAGAUCAGUGACCAAGGGCACUUUGCUGGUAGCACUAUCAUUUAUGGAUGCAAUCCGGGCUACACUCUCCAUGGAAGCAGCCUCCUCAAGUGUAUGACAGGGGAGAGAAGGGCAUGGGAUUAUCCUCUGCCUUCCUGUAUUGCUGAAUGUGGAGGUCGUUUUAAAGGAGAAUCAUCAGGAAGAAUCUUAUCUCCUGGUUACCCCUUUCCGUAUGACAAUAAUCUGCGUUGCAUGUGGAUGAUCGAGGUAGAUCCAGGAAACAUUGUCAGCUUACAGUUUCUUGCUUUUGAUACGGAAGCAUCACAUGAUAUACUCCGAGUUUGGGAUGGUCCACCAGAGAAUGAGAUGCUCUUAAAGGAAAUUAGUGGAUCUCUUAUUCCUGAAGGAAUCCAUAGCACCCUAAAUAUAGUAACCAUCCAGUUUGACACAGAUUUUUAUAUCAGCAAAUCUGGAUUUGCAAUUCAAUUUUCAAGUUCUGUUGCCACUGCGUGUCGUGACCCAGGGGUUCCCAUGAAUGGGACUCGAAAUGGGGAUGGACGAGAACCUGGGGACACUGUUGUUUUUCAGUGUGACCCAGGAUAUGAACUUCAGGGAGAGGAAAGAAUAACCUGCAUUCAGGUGGAAAAUCGAUACUUCUGGCAGCCCAGUCCACCAGUCUGUAUAGCACCCUGUGGAGGCAACUUAACAGGAUCUUCAGGCUUUAUUCUUUCACCGAACUUCCCUCAUCCAUAUCCCCAUAGCAGGGACUGUGACUGGACUAUCACUGUCAAUGCUGACUAUGUUAUCUCCUUGGCAUUUAUCAGUUUUAGCAUAGAACCAAACUAUGACUUCCUCUAUAUAUAUGAUGGACCAGACAGUAAUAGCCCACUGAUUGGAAGUUUUCAAGACAGCAAAUUACCAGAGAGAAUAGAAAGCAGCUCAAAUACCAUGCAUUUGGCUUUUCGAAGUGAUGGAUCUGUUAGUUACACUGGAUUUCAUUUAGAAUAUAAAGCAAAACUCCGAGAGUCCUGCUUUGAUCCAGGCAAUAUAAUGAAUGGCACCAGACUUGGGAUGGAUUAUAAAUUAGGGUCAACGGUCACAUAUUACUGUGAUGCUGGCUAUGUUCUUCAAGGUUAUUCGACGCUCACCUGUAUCAUGGGAGACGAUGGACGGCCUGGAUGGAAUAGAGCCUUGCCAAGUUGUCAUGCACCCUGUGGAAGUCAUUCAACAGGUUCAGAAGGCACUGUUCUGUCACCAAAUUAUCCAAAAAAUUACAGUGUGGGACAUAAUUGCGUUUAUUCUAUAGCAGUUCCCAAGGAGUUUGUGGUGUUUGGCCAGUUUGUAUUUUUCCAGACAUCACUCCACGAUGUUGUUGAGGUGUAUGAUGGGCCAACUCAGCAAUCUUCUCUGUUAUCUUCCCUCUCAGGAUCCCAUUCAGGAGAAUCACUUCCACUGAGUUCAGGUAAUCAGAUCACAAUUCGAUUUACUUCAGUUGGACCAAUAACAGCUAAGGGAUUUCACUUUGUCUACCAAGCUGUUCCUAGAACAAGUUCUACCCAGUGCAGUUCUGUGCCUGAACCAAGAUUUGGAAGAAGGAUUGGCAAUGAAUUCGCAGUUGGUUCAUUAGUUCUUUUUGAGUGUAAUCCGGGAUAUAUCCUCCAUGGAUCCAUAGCAGUUAGGUGUGACACGGUGCCCAAUUCCUUGGCCCAGUGGAAUGAUUCCUUACCUACCUGUAUUGUGCCCUGUGGUGGAAUUUUAGCUAAGCGUAAAGGGACUAUUUUGUCUCCUGGAUACCCUGAGCCUUAUGACAACAAUCUGAGUUGUGUAUGGAAGCUCACAGUGCCAGAAGGAGCUGGCAUUCAAGUGCAAGUUGUCAGCUUUGCUACAGAACAUAAUUGGGAUUCUCUGGAUUUUUAUGAUGGGGGAGACAACAAUGCUCCAAGACUUGGAAGUUAUUCAGGAACAACAAUACCGCAUCUUUUGAAUAGUACAUCUAAUAAUCUCUAUCUAAAUUUUCAAUCAGACAUCAGUGUUUCUGCUGCCGGAUUUCACCUGGAAUACACAGUACAUCAGUUACUUAAUUCUGAGGGUCAUUCUCACAUUACAUGUAUGCCUGGACCUGUGAGAAGAUGGAAUUACCCAAUUCCAAUUUGUUUGGCUCAGUGUGGUGGUGCUAUGUCAGAUUUCAGUGGUGUGAUCCUCAGCCCUGGGUUCCCUGGAAACUACCCAAGCAGUUUAGAUUGCACAUGGACAAUAAAGUUGCCCGUAGGUUUUGGUGUGCAUCUCCAGUUUGUAAAUUUUUCUACAGAAACCAUACAUGAUUAUUUGGAAGUAAGAAGUGGAUCCUCAGAAACUAGUACUGUUAUUGGCCGACUUAGUGGUCCUCAAAUACCACCUUCCCUUUUCAGCACCACCCAUGAAACCAGCUUGUAUUUUCACAGUGACUAUUCACAAAACAAACAAGGGUUCCAUAUUAUUUACCAAGCCUAUCAGUUGCAAAGCUGUCCUGAUCCACGCCCAUUUCGAAAUGGUUUUGUAAUUGGCAAUGAUUUUACUGUGGGUCAGACUAUUUCAUUUGAGUGUUUCCCUGGGUACACGCUAAUGGGAAAUUCAGCUCUCACUUGCCUUCAUGGAGUGAGUCGUAAUUGGAAUCAUCCUCUUCCAAGGUGUGAAGCUCUUUGUGGAGGAAAUAUAACUGCAAUGAAUGGCACCAUUUACUCCCCUGGGUAUCCUGAUGAAUAUCCAAACUUUCAAGACUGUUUUUGGCUUGUAAGAGUACCCCCUGGGAAUGGAAUCUACAUCAAUUUUACUGUCCUUCAAACGGAACCAAUCUAUGAUUUCAUUACUGUAUGGGAUGGACCAGACCAAAACUCACCUCAGAUUGGGCAAUUCAGUGGCAAUACUGCUUUGGAAUCGGUCUAUAGCACUUCAAAUCAGAUUCUAAUUAAAUUCCACAGUGAUUUCACAACAAGUGGCUUUUUUGUGCUCAGUUAUCAUGCCUAUCAACUCAGGGUGUGCCAACCUCCACCACCCGUGCCCAAUGCUGAAAUUUUGACAGAAGAUGAUGAAUUUGAAAUAGGUGAUAUUAUUAGGUAUCAGUGUCUUCCAGGAUUUACUUUGGUUGGUAAUGCAAUUCUGACUUGCAGAUUAGGAGAACGACUCCAGAUGGAUGGAGCACCUCCAGUUUGUCAAGUGCUCUGUCCUGCCAAUGAAUUACGGCUAGAUUCCACAGGAGUCAUAUUGAGCCCUGGAUAUCCUGACAGUUACCCAAAUCUACAAAUGUGUGCCUGGAGCAUUUCAGUAGAAAAGGGAUAUAAUAUCAGCAUGUUUAUUGAAUUCUUCCAGACAGAAAAGGAAUUUGAUGUUCUUCAGGUGUAUGAUGGACCAAAUAUUCAAAGUCCAGUGCUUAUUUCCCUCAGUGGGGAUUAUUCAUCUGCUUUUAAUAUAACAAGCAAUGGUCAUGAAGUAUUUCUUCAAUGGUCAGCAGAUCAUGGCAAUAACAAAAAAGGCUUCCGGAUAAGAUAUAUAGCUUUCUACUGUAGUACACCAGAAUCCCCACCUCAUGGAUACAUUAUCAGUCAGACAGGUGGACAACUUAAUAGUGUAGUCCGCUGGGCAUGUGAUCGAGGAUUCCGACUUGUUGGAAAAAGCAGUGCGGUGUGCAGAAAGUCUUCCUAUGGGUAUCAUGUGUGGGAUGCACCGGUUCCUGCUUGUCAAGCAAUUUCCUGUGGGAUUCCUAAAGCACCAACAAAUGGAGGAAUACUAACGACAGACUACUUGGUAGGAACCCGAGUUACCUAUUUUUGUAAUGAUGGAUAUAGAUUGUCAUCUAAGGAACUUACCACUGCUGUGUGUCAAUCAGAUGGAACUUGGAGCAAUCAUAACAAAACCCCUCGCUGUGUUGUUGUUACAUGUCCAAGCAUCAAUUCCUUUACUUUGGAACAUGGAAGAUGGCGAAUUGUGAAUGGCUCCCAUUAUGAAUACAAAACCAAGGUUGUUUUCAGCUGUGACCCUGGUUAUCAUGGACUAGGCCCUGCUUCUAUUGAAUGCCUUCCUAAUGGUACUUGGAGUUGGAGAAAUGAAAGACCAUAUUGCCAAAUUAUUUCCUGUGGCGAUCUACCUACACCUCCAAACGGAAAUAAGAUUGGAACUCAAACUUCGUAUGGCUCAACAGCCAUCUUCACCUGCGAUUCAGGUUUCAUGCUCGUGGGUUCCGCUGUACGGGAAUGCCUUUCUUCAGGCCUUUGGAGUGGAUCUGAAACCAGAUGCCUAGCGGGUCACUGUGGAAUUCCAGAACUCAUUGUGAAUGGUCAAGUCAUUGGAGAGAAUUAUGGAUACAGAGACACAGUUGUCUAUCAAUGUAAUCCAGGCUUUCGAUUGAUUGGAUCUUCAGUGAGAAUAUGUCAACAGGAUCACAAUUGGUCUGGCCAACUCCCGUCCUGUGUGCCUGUUAGCUGUGGUCACCCUGGUAGUCCAAUUUACGGAAGAACAAGUGGAAAUGGAUUCAAUUUUAAUGAUGUGGUAACAUUCUCUUGCAAUAUUGGGUAUCUUAUGCAAGGACCAACAAAGGCGCAGUGCCAGGCCAACAGGCAAUGGAGCCAUCCUCCCCCAGUGUGCAAAGUGGUGAACUGUUCUGAUCCUGGAAUUCCUGCCAAUUCCAAAAGAGAAAGUAAAAUAGAACAUGGAAAUUUUACGUAUGGCACUGUGGUGUUUUAUGACUGCAAUCCUGGAUAUUUCUUAUUUGGAUCUUCAGUUUUGAUAUGUCAGCCAAAUGGACAGUGGGACAAACCUUUACCAGAAUGUAUCAUGGUUGACUGUGGACACCCUGGCGUUCCUCCUAAUGCAAUCCUGUCUGGUGAGAAGUAUACCUUUGGGUCCACUGUUCACUAUUCCUGCACAGGAAAGCAUACCCUUCUAGGCCAGUCAUCAAGGACUUGCCAAUUAAAUGGACAUUGGAGUGGAUCACAACCUCAUUGUUCAGGUGAUGCUACUGGUACCUGUGGGGAUCCAGGUGCUCCUGGUCAUGGUUCUAGACAGGAAAGUGAUUUUAGAACUAAAAGUUCUGUUCGUUUUGCAUGUGAUAGUGGUUAUAUCCUUCAUGGCUCAGAAGAAAGAACAUGUUUAGCCAACGGCAGUUGGACUGGAAGGCACCCAGAAUGCAAAGCUGUACAGUGUGGUAACCCAGGAACAACAGCCAAUGGAAAAGUCUUUCGGAUUGAUGGCACAACAUUUUCUAAUUCAGUCAUUUAUUCCUGCAUGGAGGGAUAUAUCCUUUCUGGACCUACAGUUAGACAGUGCACAGCCAAUGGAACAUGGUCUGGAACCUUGCCUAACUGUACAAUAAUCAGUUGUGGAGACCCAGGUAUACCAGCCAAUGGACUGAGAUAUGGAGAUGAUUAUGUGGUUGGACAAAAUGUUUCUUACAUGUGCCAGCCAGGCUAUACAAUGGAAUUGAAUGGUUCCAGAAUCAGGACUUGUACAACUAAUGGCACGUGGAGUGGAGUAAUGCCAACUUGUAGAGCUGUUACCUGCCCAACUCCUCCCCAGAUCUCUAAUGGAAGGUUGGAAGGAACAAAUUUUGACUGGGGCUUUAGCAUUAGCUACAUCUGUUCUCCAGGCUAUGAACUAUCCUUUCCUGCUGUUUUGACCUGUGUAGGGAAUGGUACCUGGAGUGGGGAAGUACCACAGUGCUUACCAAAGUUUUGUGGUGACCCUGGUAUACCUGCCCAAGGAAAAAGAGAAGGCAAAAGCUUCAUAUACCACUCAGAGGUUUCAUACAGCUGCAGUUCCCCUUUCAUAUUAGUGGGAUCAAGCACCAGACUAUGUCAGGCAGAUGGCACUUGGAGUGGUUCAUCACCUCACUGCAUAGAACCCACUCGUACCUCAUGUGAAAACCCAGGAGUACCACGGCAUGGAUCUCAGAACAAUACAUUUGGAUUCCAAGUUGGUAGUGUUAUACAGUUCCAUUGCAAAAAAGGACACCUUCUCCAAGGGUCUACAACACGCACUUGCCUUCCUGACCUCACAUGGAAUGGCAUUCAGCCUGAGUGUAUACCCCACAGCUGUAAACAACCAGAAACACCUGUUCAUGCAGAUGUAGUAGGAAUGGACCUUCCAUUCCAUGGGUAUACACUGAUUUAUACCUGCCAGCCUGGCUUCUUCUUAGCAGGUGGAACAGAACAUAGAGUGUGUAGAUCUGAUAACACUUGGACUGGAAAAGUUCCUGUUUGUGAAGCUGGUUCCAAAAUAUUGGUGAAAGACCCUAGACCUGCACUAGGAACACCCAGCCCAAAGUUAAGUGUUCCUGAUGAUGUGUUUGCUCAAAAUUAUAUAUGGAAAGGCUCUUACAAUUUCAAAGGAAGGAAACAACCCAUGACCUUGACCGUUACCAGUUUCAAUGCUUCCACCGGAAGAGUCAAUGCCACGCUCAGCAACAGCAACAUGGAACUGCUGCUUUCAGGGGUAUAUAAAAGCCAGGAAGCUCGCCUAAUGUUACACAUCUAUCUUAUUAAAGUGCCAGCACAUGCUUCCGUGAAGAAAAUGAAGGAGGAAAAUUGGGCCAUGGAUGGCUUUGUUUCUGCUGAGCCUGAUGGAGCUACUUAUGUAUUUCAAGGAUUUAUUCAGGGCAAAGAUUAUGGGCAAUUUGGACUACAAAGACUGGGACUGAAUAUGACAGAAGGUUCGAAUUCUUCAAAUCAACCUCAUGGUACAAAUAGUAGUUCUGUGGCCAUUGCUAUUCUUGUGCCUUUUUUUGCACUUAUAUUUGCAGGAUUUGGAUUUUAUCUUUAUAAACAAAGGACUGCACCCAAAACACAGUACACAGGAUGUUCAGUUCAUGAAAAUAACAAUGGUCAAGCAGCUUUUGAAAACCCCAUGUACGACACCAAUACGAAGUCAGCGGAAGGAAAGGCAGUACGAUUCGAUCCCAACUUGAACACAGUCUGCACAAUGGUAUAACGUGGCAACCCCUUGCCUUCUUCAGAAGCUUGGAAAUCGACACAAAACAGUGCACAUUUAGUUCACUGAUAAACAAAUUAAAGCACACUUUUCAGGACUUGCUGGGUCACCUUUUCCUGAGGAAUGAUAAAGAGCGUUUUUUCAUAAACUGGACCAUAAUUCUUCUUCAUGUUUACCAUGGAGAGUUUUACAGAAAUUUGGCUGCACUCUAAGAGUGCUUACUCACAGUUUAUUUGCUUUUUUUAAAAAGGAGAUUAUUCUAAAACAUAAACUUAUUUGCAUAUAUUGGAGGAGCAUCCACUAUCAGUAUUUCUGUGCUUUAUAAACUAUAUUAGAGGGACUGGGUUUAAAAAAAAAGAUAUAGGGUAGAAAAUAAAAGCUAUACUUACAAGAGUCAAUAGAUCACUGACUUCUCUUUAACUGUUCUGAGCUGCACCACACCCACAAGUUUGUAUUUCACACGACUCUUAUAGGCUCCUUAUUCUUGUUGAGUCAUUGUUUUCCUUACUCCAUGGUUUUUCAGGUUGAGCCAUGCUCUGAGUGUUUAUGAGCUAAUUUAUGCCACAGAAGAGAUAAGAUUGCCUGCUCUGAUUUGACUCUUUCUGGGUUUUGCUCUUCAGUAUCAUAUCACUAUUCUUUUUUUAUACUGGUUGUCAUAGGUUCUGCAAAUGGUAAGAUCAUCAUGUUAUCCUCCCAAUUUUCCUCAUUAUGUUGUAACUAAUAUUAUUCAGUAAGCCAUACAGUAGUGUUUGACUUCUUACUGCAAUCUGUUUUGUCACCCAGAAACCAAUUUAGCUGGCAAAAAUUAUCUAUAACUGAUGAUUUUGCAAUUGCCUGAGACACCAAGCUUCCAUCCUUUACCAAACUUCCCAAUGUUUUUGAAAGACCAAAUAGACUCUACUCUAGUUUAUGAUACAUCAGUUUUUCCUUUUAGUCAAGCCUUCAAGUUUACUUAACAUUGUUUUGAACUUUAAUGGAACAAUGAGUUAGAUAUGUAUUUGGGCCCUCCACAAACAUAAUGACUAAAAGAAAUGGACUCUUUCAAAUCACCAAUGUGAAUUUGUUUCCUAUAGUUGUAGAUUAACCAAAUUUUCAUAUAUUUUAAAAUCUCUACACGUUAUUCUGAAGCAGGUUUCAGAUAUGAUUGGUUUCUUUCAUUGUCAAAUUAAGAUAGAGAUUUGCAGGUUAUUGGUGUCUCAUUUACAACUGUAUCAUGGUAACGCCAACAUUUUGAUUGAAGAGGCCAUUGUUUUUCUUUUAUAGCAUGCUUUAUUUCAUUGAAUAAAUUACAUGCCCAGUGUGAACUCUUUGUUCUUGUCCCUUUCAAAUAUGGAUAACUCUGUAAACAGUCUCCACUUUUUGUGUCAUGAGACAGAGUGCCUAAGAGAAAUCAUUACACCCAGGAGCUGCUUGGAGCUAUCUCUACAACAUUUAUUGAAUUUCUUGUAAACCACUUUGAGAUACAUUUUUUUGGAAAUUCAUACAAUUUUCUCAACAUUGUACUCUACUGACACGAUGCUGUUUUAAAUUUUAUGCCAUCAAUUAUUUAUUCUAGUUUUUUCAGAUGACUGCAAUAACAAUGAUUCAUUCAUUAAUGUUAAGGUUAAUACAUUUAAGAUCUUGUUUAAACAAUGUUUCUUCUGCAACUGGCUACUCCUCUUAUAUUAAUGCAUACACUUUUGUAAAGAAGUAUAUUUUUAUGAAAAAAAAACUUUGUAAAAGUAUGAUGUAAAUUUU